CCUGGGUUUUGUCCACUUGGCCCAGGGAGCUCUGUUGGUGACCUGUGUGGCUUGGACCCCUCUGCCCUAGCGGUAGUGCUCGGUGCUGUGGUGCGUGCUUGGUUGGUUUGUUUGUUGGUUUCUUGUUCUAUUCUGUUUAUUCUUGUGCCCAUUUUCUUUAGCUUGUUUUUUUGCACCUCUUUGUUGUUUUGCCCCUUUUGUCUUUUUUUGCUCUUCUGUUUGUUUCUGCUUCCCCCACCUUUAGUUAGCCAGCUCGGUCAGACUUGCCAGGGCGAGUGUAGUUAGUGGCUUUUCCUCUUUCUUGUGUUCUGUUUUCUUGAGAUAGCCUUGUUGCUUGGGUUAGUCUAGUUAGUCCAGCUAGAGUCCCACCUCAGUGAGCGGCAGUCAGGGCCCUUGCGAUCCCUUUUUGUUUGUAGCUAGCUCAGUCAGGGGAACCGAUUAGUUAGUAUUUGUGACUAGAGAGUGCAGUUCAGAGAGUGUAGAGAGGGAUUGUUGGCCAUGUACAGCACCUGGGCCUUCCAUCCGCCGCUUCCUGGCUACGAGUUCGGGGACAUCAUCGGCCAGGGCGGCUAUGGCGUGGUGAAGCUGGCCCGCCAGCUGGCCACGGGCAGGGACGUGGCAGUGAAGAUCUUCCUGCAGGAGCGCCGAGCCUCCAGCUCGCGGAGUGUGGCCCGCGAAGCGAGCCUGAUGCGCAGCCUGCAGCACCCACACAUCUUGCAGCUGCUGGAGGAGCAGCAGCAGGGCAGCGACUCGGUGUGCUUCUCGCCCAGCUGCUCCACAGCCAGCCUCUCCAGCCAGCCCUCAGGCCAGCUGCAGCAAGAGCAGAGCUCCCUUUCCAGCGCAUCCCACGAGCCGGUGCCUGAGGCCUCGUGCUCCAUGGCCAGCACCAGCAGCCCAACGGACCUCGCACAACCGGAAGUGGAGGCGCCACGAGAGCCUGAGAGCACUGGGUCGCCCAUUCCCGCCAAGGAGGGGAAGCGGGGCUUCCGUGGGGUCUGCAGGAGCUUCCUAAGGUUCCUGCAGCGCGCCUGCUGCAUCCGGCAGGACCCAGACAGAGGCCCCGGCCUGCGCUCCAGAAAAGUAGCCCCGGAAGACUCUGCCCAGUCCAAAUUAAGAUGACUCUGAAGUC